CUCUUCUAUGGAACCAAAUUUCUUGCUUCUCUACGAUACCCUUCUUCCAAAGAUCCAUUAAAAUUUAGAUUUUAUUUCAGAUUUGGUAAGCCAAGAUUAAGGUUUAAUCGCGUAAAUAAGAUGGGACUCUCGAAUUUUCCUAGCCCAGCUGAAGGCGUGAUACCUUUACUUGUAAUGAAUACGGUUAUGUCUGUGGCUUUAGUAAAGAAUUUGCUAAGAACUUUGCUGCAAGUGGUGGGUGCUAAUGGCGGCGGCGGGGCGGAGCAAGUUUUGGACGAAGAAGCUUCAAGAACUAGAAGGAUGUCGAUAACCCGGUAUGAUUCUCUAUGCAGAGACAGAGGUGGUGGUAGAAGGCGGCCCUGCCGUGAUGAUGGUGGUUGCGCCAACAGUGGAAGUGGCGGAAAUAUGUGGCCUGCAAUCGAGUGUUGUGUGUGUCUAUGUAGAUUUGAAGGAGAUGAAGAAGUGAGUGAGCUUUCUUGCAAGCAUUUCUUCCAUAAGCGGUGUUUGGAGAAGUGGUUUGAUAAUCAACACACAACUUGUCCUCUUUGUAGAUCCACAAUGUAAGUAAGAAGAAUUUGUGUGGACAGAAUUGUUUAGAUUUGCUGGUUUGUGUUAAUAGAGUAGUUUAGGUUUGUUCGCAGAUUUGGUACUGAACUGGACUUGACUUUAGUGGAUAAAAUGAUUUGUACUUUUAUUUAUAUAUGGUUUUUCAUUACGUUGGAGUCU